UUCUUAAGUUAUUCAAUGCUCACACGGCCCAUACGACGAGCCUUGGGCCGUCGGUUCAUACAAUCGAUUCCUAGAACUCUUGACAUCUCACAAUCGAACCAUUCAAGAAUUCACGAGAAUAUGAUCCAGGAGUAUCUCAAGAAACACAGAACUACCGACGAUUACGACGUCGUAGCCACACUCACAGAGCUUGUAACUAAACUUCCAGAUGCUAGAAGAAAUGCUGUUUUGCAAAAUUACGAGGGAAGCAUUCUUGCUUCGAAUAUUCAUUUGCAAUUGCUCUUGAACGAUUUGACUGCUUCUGAUUCGUUCCAGGAAACAUACUCCUAUAUUGUCAAGACGCCCGUGAGAUUCGCAACGGAGCUCGUAGAGGUCUUUGUAUAUAAUCUCUUGCAAACCAAUAACAUUCCGGCCGUGACAUCGUUGUUGCAUGUUCUCUUUGAUAGAGAUUCGCAGUUCACUUUGAGCAACGAGAUAUGGUCUCUUUAUACUUCAAAAGUAGUGGAAAAUGCCGACUAUUUGGGUGCUAUCUCCAUAUACCAUCAUCUCAUAGACAACAUCGACCUCUACUUAGAAUCUGAAUCUGGUCAUGUUUCAGAGAAUGACAAUGUUCAAUUUCUCAUUACUCCACACCUUCUUGAACAAAUGGCUACUUUAUUUGUUCACAGUGGCGAUGCUUCUAGAGUCAAAGGCUUGCUUCAGUAUUUCAAGAGGUUCUACUCGUACUCCAGUCACAGAAACACUUAUAGAAAUCUCAAGGUGGCUGUUGUGGAAGCAUUUAGUGAAGCUGAAAAUCUUUCCUGUGCAUUGCUAGCCUUCAGAGAAUUGGCUCUUUUGUUUAGGGGCCACUACAACCCCAGAGACUGGGAACAAGCUCAUGGGGUUCUGAAGUUGGCCGCUUACACUAAUUACGUCUGGAGAAGAAACAAUAUCAUGAAUAAUACAAAUCAGGCUCCUAAACCAGAUGUUGACCAGGAACAGUCUUGGAACCCGGAUCAGAUACUUCCAGAGACACACGAAAACGAACAGAUUUAUAACCCCUCGUAUGAAAGAAACGUAUAUUCGGGGCCAAAUAUCCCCCAUUUGCCUUUGUUGAAUGGUUCAUUGUCUAUAUCUGACCUACCACAAUUCUACCAGUUGGUUAAAUCAAGUGUUGUGGAUGCUAUGCAAUCUGAAAACAAGAAUUUCGCAAGCUUAAUGCACUUGAUGACUUCAGGUCAUUUCAUGGUGCAUUCAUUUGUUGUUCAAGCAUUGUGUGAACUUGGAUAUCCCAAGGAGGCACAUCUGAUUCUUGUAAAGCUUCCUUCCAGCUUCCGUCACAUUCAUCCUGAUGUUCUCCUUAAGGAUGAAGAUUUCAUCCUUAUCUUCAAUGCGGUUGAGACAUCGAUUGCACAAGUCGUAUCCAAAUCAUCUUUCUCUGUACAUAAUUAUUAUGUUAAUGUUACGUUCAAGUGUCUUUUCUCGGAUCAGACAUCUUAUG